CGACCGUUGCGGGCUGCCUGACGACGGCUUUGUUUGUUUGUUUACUGCUGCUUUCAGGGGUUUAGGGCUUCUUCACCACGCUCCUCUGGCCCGCUUUGCUUUGCUCUCUCUCUGCCUUCCCUCCGCCCUCACCUCUUCCCCGUCUCACCUUCACCGCUCUCUGCUGUGCUCUCCCCUCACUUCCUAUCCUUCUCGCUAUUGUCUCAUCAGCAGACUCAUCUCACAGCUCCCCCCAAAAAUCGCCCCGGAGAAUGACUCGCCGCUCGACUGACUCGGCAGGCUCAACGUCGCGUCGGUCGUCGAUCGCAAACCGCGUCCUCAGCGAGAUCUCAAACACGACCUCCAAUCGCUCCUCCAACGCCUCCUCCAUAUCCCCCGGCGUCAAGCGUCUCUCGACCGGCCAGCGCGUUUCCUCUGCCAUCCAGCACUUCCAACGCAUCACAAGCGGCUCCUCGGCCUCCGCCCAAUCCUUCACCGCGUCCUCGCACCCGUCAAUCUCGCGUCCCUUCCAGGUCGAGCGUAAUGGCGUCCUGCUCGACCAGGAGCAGCAUCCUAGUCCUACAGACUCAUACCAUUCCUCAAUGCUGCCGCCUACCGUCCAUGAAAACAACGACGACGAAUACGAAGACGACACAGACCACACCAGCUAUUCCCGACGCGCCUCGACCUCUGUAAGGUCAAACCGGUUCUCCACCGCGCCCACAGAGGUCGACAGCAUCAAUGCAAACAGAUACUCUACCGCCUCCGCGUACGGAGAACCCGCAGUCUAUCACCCAUCUUCCUCAGACUCGGCUCAAAACAGCCAGUUCCAGCUCUCAUCCUCGCCCACAAAGUCUUCCUCCUCCGACGACACCGGCUACGAACCCCACGCCGCCGCAGACAAACGCGUCUCCCAACUCUCGACCUGCACAACCGGCUCUUCGGCCUCUAGCAGAGGCCACAAGCACAAAACCCACGUCGGUCCAUGGCGUCUUGGACGCACGCUCGGCCGUGGGAGCUCGGGUCGUGUCCGGCUGGCUAAACAUUCCAAGACUGGCAAGCUCGCGGCCGUGAAAAUCGUGCCCAAGUCUGCUAGCUUCGAGGACCCCGCGAAUCCUGAAUCGCAAGCCAGAGGAAAGGAUGCCGCGGGGCUUCCUUAUGGAAUCGAACGCGAGGUCAUCAUUAUGAAACUGAUAGAGCACCCGAAUGUUAUGGGUCUCUACGAUGUCUGGGAAAAUCAUGGAGAACUGUAUCUUAUUCUGGAGUAUGUGGAAGGCGGCGAAUUGUUCGACUACCUGAUUCGCAAAGGGCGUCUCGACGAGCGUGAAGCCGUUCACUACUUCAGACAGAUAAUCCUCGGCGUUGACUACUGCCAUAAGUUCAACAUCUGCCAUCGAGAUCUCAAGCCAGAAAAUCUUCUGCUCGACAAGCACCAUAACAUCAAGAUUGCCGACUUUGGAAUGGCAGCGCUAGAGGCAACUGGAAAGAUGCUGGAGACCUCUUGUGGAUCGCCUCAUUACGCCAGUCCCGAGAUCGUUGCAGGCAAAACAUACCACGGUUCGCAGUCUGAUAUCUGGUCAUGUGGUGUCAUUCUCUUUGCUCUCCUCACAGGCCAUCUUCCAUUCGACGAUGAAAACAUCCGUAAUCUGCUGAUGAAAGUCCAAACUGGCAAAUUCCAAAUGCCGUCUGACCUUUCGAUCCACGCCAAGGACUUGAUCUGGCGGAUCCUGAAAAUCAACCCGGAGGAUCGUAUCACGGCCGAAGAAAUUUUGAGCCAUCCUCUGCUACGGAAGUAUCCUUCCAAGGAUGCAAAUGCAAACAUCUCUCGAGCCCCUACCGUUCCGGUCCAUCAUCCGAUCAAUUCGCGCGAAGAAGUCGACGUCGAGAUUGUCAAGAAUUUGCAGACCUUAUGGCAUGGCGAGGACAGAGAGGUUAUUAUCGACAGACUUUUAUCGCCUGAGCUGAAUCCGGAGAAGACAUUCUACUGUCUUUUGAUGAAAUAUCGUCACGAUCAUAUUGACGACUCCUCGUCUGCCGAGAACACUCCUCGGACUUCGCCACACCAGAACCGCCGCAAGCAAUCGAUUGGUAACAAUGCGAUGGUCAAGCAGCCUGCCAAGCCAGCUGCUGCUCUUCAGCGCCAGACCACGCCGACGCGUGUUUCGAGACAUAAGAAGACCGCUAGUAAAGGCUCCGUGCGCUCGAUUGCAUCAUCCCAUCGCAAGCGUGGAGUCGAUUUCUCCCAUGUGUCGAAGAAAGUGCAGGGGUCGACCUCGACACCAUCGAUCAAGUCGCAAAAUAGCAUCCAGAGAAGACCGCAGCAGCCGGAGUACGAGCCUCCUUUGCCUGAGUCUUCGUCGAUGCUGAUUGCCGCUAUCGAUCAGCUUUCGCAGUCUAUGGCUCGAGAGCCGUCGUCUAUCUCGGCUGCAAAGGAGCAGUCGCGGUCGAUAAUCAACGCGCAGCGUCCGCAGGUCGAUCAAACUCGUGUUCCUGUGCCAGGUCCGGUUCCCCGUACGGCGGUUCCGCGCCGGAACCCGCCCGUGCUGGAGACGAAGAAGACACCGAUGGUACUGGAGGACUAUGCAAACCUAUCGUCGCCGGUGGAGCAAAUCCCCGGCUUGCGACUUGAUUACUCAGUCCGAUCCGCCAAGGAGCAAAAGUCCCGACCAGGGACCGCUGCUACGUUGCCGGAGGACGACGAAGUUCGCAAGAUCUCUGCCGAGUUUGCUGCUUCGCUCUGUGAGACCAUGUUCAACUUUGGUGGCCCGUCGACGCGAAACGUGAGCGACUCGAGCACGGAGUCGCAGCCGCGCACGGUCUCGACUUCUUCAGAAGCAUCGACGGCGUCGACUGCGCCGACAUCUGUCGGUGGACGAACGCCGGUGAUGGCGGAUGCAGAGUUUGGGAAGGACACCACAGGUCCGCUGAGACUGAAUUUGAGCGGUAUUUGGUGGAUAACAACCGAGUCAGGUUAGAUAACGUUGACAACAGCAAGAAGAACAACAACCGAAACGCAGGGCCAGCUCGCGCCCCGCAAAAGUACGGCGUGUCUUCGUUAUUGAUUGAUGA